GCUUUCUGUUUUCUGUUCCUUUUGACUCAUGAGACAUUUGAAGGGGAGAGGAAAUAUUAAUACUUGCUCAACUUUUCCCCUCCCACAAAUAUUGUACUGAAUGGACAAUGGCUUCCCGAUACCCUUCGAGUCUCUGGAUUCGUCUGCCUUUGUUUAUGCUCUUUUUGGAAGUUGCUUUCAUUCUUAUAUUUUCCUUCUUGUUUUCAUAUGACUAUUAUCUAGAAUAUCUUCCAAAAGGCCACAAUAUAUAUCCAGAAUUUCAGGAUGUCAACGUCAUGGUGAUUCUCGGCUUUGCUUUCCUCCUGGCUUUCCUGAAGAGGUUCGGCUUCAGCGCCACAGGAUUUAGCCUUCUUCUCGCUGCGCUCAGUGUACAGUGGACGAUGAUCGUAAAUGAAUUCCUCUUCCAUUUCUCAGAUGGGAACCUAAAGAUAAGCCUACAAAGAAUCACAGAAGCCGUCAUGAGCACAGCCGCAGUGAUGAUUUCCACUGGAGCGGUCCUUGGCAAAGUUAACCUGAUUCAGUUGAUCUGGAUGGCCUGGGUGGAGGCGACGCUUUUUGCUGUGAACCGAUGGGUCGCCGUGAGUGUCCUGCAGAUUGGAAGUUACACAAGUCUGAUGCACGUCCACUUAUUCGGAGCCUACUUUGGCGUAAUGGUCUCGUGGGCUCUCUGCCGUCCCUUGCCAGACUCAAGAGCUGAGAAUGAAAAGUCAACGCCAGUCUCUGAUACAUUUACUAUGCUGGGGACUCUUUUCCUCUGGAUGUUCUGGCCCAGCUUCAAUGCUGUUCUAAUCGCAAGCACAGAGAAGAGGUUGACCGCUCUCAUCAACACUUACCUUGGGAUGGCUGCCAGUGCAGUGGCUGCCUUUUCAAUCUCAGUGGCUACCAACAGAAAUGGAAAGCUCACCAUGGCCCACAUCCGGAAUGCUACGUUGGCCGGUGGGGUUGCUCUUGGAUUCUCAGCGUCCACCCUCCGCUACCCUUGGAUUGCGAUGAUUGUGGGUCUCGGGGCUGGGGCAACCUCCGUGCUUGGAUUUGUUUUUCUAAAGAAAUGUCUUGAGCCAGCAGUCAGGCUUCAUGAUACCUGCGGAGUUCAAUAUACGUUUGGCUUGCCCAGCUUACUUGGAGGGAUCGUCCACAUUGUUUGGAUCGCAAUAGACUCCCGGGAGAACCUGUCCGUAGGUGGUUAUUCGGCCUUGAUCGAAGGUGGUGCCCUCUGCCUGAGUAUGGCCUUAGGUCUGACUGGAGGUCUCCUUACAGGUUUCUCCCUGAGAUUGAAAUUAUGGAAAGAACCUCAUGCAACAAACUAUUUUGAUGAUCAAGCUUAUUGGGGUUUCCCUCAUUUAGCUGUCGGAUACUAAACACAUCAAGAGUAAAGCAAGCCAGAAGAAUGUUCAGAAGUGAGACUUAUUGUCUGUUUAUCUGCAGGAAGUUCUGAAUUAACUUUUUUG